GGUAAACCUGUUUCGAGAUCUGACAGCAGCAAAAAACGCACUGUAAUCUCCACAAAAGACGAAACGCCGACUUGCAUUUAAUAAUUUUCUAUGUUGAAAUAAAUAUAUUUUUAACAAUAAAAGAGUUUAUUAAAUUUCACGGUAAAUUCUUAAAAACAAGAUUGAAAAAAUACUUCUCAUUAGUCAGUCACAAAUUUGCCACAAAGAAGACAAAAAGAAUAUAAAAUGACGGGUGAAACAGCGAAAGCCGAACAGCCAAAGCCCUCUACACCUGCUGCUGGUGGCGCUGCAGAGGAGAAGAAAGACACUGACGAAAAGGAACAACAAGAGCUAUCCGAUGAGGAUCAACAACUCCAGGAGGAGUUGGAAAUGUUGGUCACCCGUUUGGAGGAACCCGACAAGUCCUUGUAUCUGCCCGCUCUCGAGGUUAUGGGUAAGUUGAUCCGUGCCUCUACAACUAGUAUGACUUCGGUACCCAAACCACUUAAAUUCAUGCGUCCCCAUUAUGAGACCAUGAAAAACAUCUACAAAGAGAUGCCCGAGCAGAAAUCCCGCAUGGUUUGCGCCGAUAUCAUCUCCGUUCUCGCCAUGACCAUGGGUAGUGGCAAGGACUGUCUGGCCUACCGAUUCCUGUGCGAUCCCGAGCAGAAGAUUGGCGAAUGGGGUCAUGAGUAUGUGCGUCAUCUGUCCGGCGAAAUCGCUGCCCACUAUCUGGAAACCACUGGUGAGUUCCAGACUCAGCUGAUUGAGCUGGUCAAGCAGAUUGUUCCCUACAACAUGGAACACAAUGCCGAAGCAGAUGCUUGUGAUCUGUUGAUCGAAAUCGAGCACCUGCACUUGUUGUUGGACUACGUCGAUGAGGGAGCUUACCCAAGGGUCUGCUUGUACCUGCAGAGCUGUUAUCCCUAUGUUCCGGAGCCAGAUAACUUGGUAAUCCUUCAGACCGCCUUGAACUUGUCGAGAAAGUUUAACCAGUACACGCAGGCGAUGCGUUUAGCUUUGAUGUUGAACGACAUGGACAUCAUUGCAGAGAUUUUCAAGGAACAGAAAGACACUUCUGUGCAAAAGCAACUUGCCUUCAUGUUGGCUCGUCAGCAGGUGUGCUUGGAGUUAGACGAAUCAAUUCCGGAGUACGACGAUUUGAUGGAAAUUAUGUCGAAUGCCAAUUUGAACAAGAACUUCUUGAAUCUGGCUCGUGAGCUGGACAUCAUGGAGCCAAAAACACCAGAGGAUAUUUACAAAUCGCACUUGGACAAUGCAAGGACUCGUUUCCCAUCGAUCCAAGUGGACUCGGCUAAGCAGAACUUGGCUGCAAGUUUCGUCAAUGGAUUCGUGAAUGCAGGAUUCGGAGUGGACAAACUCUUGAGCGAGGAUGGCAACAAAUGGCUGUACAAGAACAAGGAGCACGGAAUGUUGAGUGCCACUGCUUCGCUGGGUCUCAUUCUGCUUUGGGAUGUCGAUGGCGGUUUGGCCAUGAUCGACAAAUACCUGUAUUCCACCGAUGACUACAUCAAGUCUGGAGCUUUGUUGGCUUGUGGUAUCGUUAAUUGUGGUAUUCGCAACGAAGUGGAUCCCGCCCAUGCUUUGCUCUCUGAUUACAUUGAGAACAACAACACAUCCAUGCGGAUUGGUGCAAUUUUGGGGUUGGGUAUUGCUUACGCUGGAUCGAACCGAUCCAUUGUCAUCGAUACACUGAAGACAGUAUUCAACUCUGAUCGCAAGAACGCUGCUAACAUCGAAGUUCUUGGCAUCACAGCUUUGAGCAUGGGUUUGAUCAGUGUGGGCUCCUGCAAUGCUGAAGUCACUGAGAUCCUCUUGCAGACUAUCAUGGGUCUGAGCAAGACCGAUCUCCGAGACACCUACACCAGAUUCUUGAUGUUGGGCUUGGGACUGCUUUAUUUGGGAAGACAAAAGGCCACCGAAGCUGUCAUGAGCACUUUGGAAGUUCUCGAUGAACCCUACAAAUCCAUGGCUACCACAAUGGUAGACAUUUGCGCAUACGCCGGAACUGGAAAUGUCCUCAAAAUCCAACAAUUGCUCCACAUCUGCUCGGAUCAUUACGAGACUUCGAGUUCAGAUAGCAGUGAUGACAAGCAGAAGAAGAACAAGGAGAAGGACAAGGCCGAAAAAGAAAAGGAGCGAGAGAAGGACUUGUCAGGCACACAAUCGAUUGCCGUUCUUGGAAUAGCCCUGAUUGCCAUGGGCGAGGAUAUUGGAGCUGAAAUGGCGUUCAGGUCGUUCGGAAAUCUCCUCCGUUACUGUGAGCCGUGCAUCCGCCGUGCAGUUCCAUUGGCAUUGGGUUUGAUCUCCGCCUCCAAUCCCAAGUUGAACAUCCUGGAUACUUUGAGCAAAUUCUCCCACGAUAGCGACGCCGAAGUAGCUCACAACGCAAUCUUUGCAAUGGGUCUUUCCGGAGCUGGAACCAACAAUGCACGUCUCGCGUCUAUGUUGCGUCAACUUGCCCAAUACCACCAGAAGGACCCCAGCAAUCUAUUUAUGGUCCGCAUUGCACAGAGUUUGACUCAUCUGGGCAAGGGCACCCUCACACUGAGCCCCUACCACAGUGACCGUCAGCUUAUGAAUCCAAUGGCAGUAGCUGGUCUAAUGGCUACAUUGGUUUCAUUCUUGGACGUUAAGAAUCUAAUCUUAGGACGUUCGCAUUACCUGCUGUAUGCCCUGGUGCCAGCAAUGCAAGCCCGCAUGCUCAUCACAUUCGAUGAAGAACUGAAUCAAUUGCAAGUGCCUGUCCGAGUGGGUAUGGCUAUUGAUGUUGUUGGCCAAGCAGGUAAACCCAAAACUAUCACCGGAUUCCAGACUCACACCACACCCGUCCUCUUGGCCAUGGGUGAGCGAGCUGAAUUGGCAACUGAUGAGUACAUAACCCUGACACCAGUGAUGGAAGGAUUUGUUAUUUUGAAAAAGAAUCCAAAUUAUGUGAAGUAAUUUCAUCCAAAAGAGGUGGGUCUAAAACUGCAAAUAAAUAUUUAAUGUCUUAUGUACUAAUUAUUUCCGUUUUAUUUCAUUAGCUAUAACUGUUUUUUCAUUUCAAUAUCUUAAAUAAAAUGAACCGUAUGAUAACAAUAAAAUAGAUCGAAGUUUUUUGAUGAAAUAAUCAAUAUA